AUGGCGUUCAACGUGCCUUUUGUGUCUGGGGCCAGUUUUCUAAGAGCAGAGAAUGGCCUCCCCGUAUCUCUCGGGGACCGUGCAUACGCAAACACUCGCGCCGACACACAUCCCCUUGAUCCGCGGGCUGGAGCGUUGAGCCGCGAGGCCUCCAGCCAGCCGAACGAGCCAUUGUUUCUGGCCGGGGCUCGCGGUAUUUCAUUUGUCAUGAAAUGGAUACAGACACGGGAUGAGCCAACGGCAGUUCCACCCACUUACCCGCCGCCAUGGUUGUCCUCUCUUUCUUCAAUACUGGACCAGAAGAAGUGGAGUGGACGGGUCGACAUGUCUAUCGACGGGCUGCAGAAGUUCGACAGCCCCGACAAAGGUCGAGGCCUUCGGGUUAGCAAAGCCUUCCAGGCCGGGGAGCUGCUCUUCUCCUGCCCGCCUUACAGCUACGUGCUCGCGGCCAACCAGAAGGGAGACUACUGCGAGUUCUGCUUCAACAGGAAGGAAAGCCUGGCGAGAUGCGGGAAGUGCAAGAAGGCUUUUUACUGCAACGUCAAAUGUCAGAAGGGCGACUGGGCGGCGCACAAGCUAGAAUGCUCGGCGAUUCUAGCCUUCAGGGAGAAAUGGUGUCCGUCGGAAACCGCCCGACUGGUAGCCCGAAUCCUGGCUAGGAAGAAAACGCAGAAAGAACAAUGCUCAUCUGAGAGGAUUUUACUCAUCGGGGAGAUGCAAUCACACGUAGACGACAUGGACAACGCCCAACGAGAAAACAGCCAGGCGGACGCGGCCGCGUUACAUCGCUUUUACUCCAAACAUUUGGACUUUCCCGACUCGAAAGAACUACUUUCGCUGUUCUCGCAGGUGUCCUGUAACGGCUUUACGAUAGAGGACGAAGAACUGUCUCAAAUCGGCACCGCGGUCUACCCGGACGUGGCGUUGAUCAACCACAGCUGCCUUCCUAGCGUGAUGGUGACAUUCAACGGUACGACUGCUGAGGUGCGCGCCGUCAAGGACAUGAAGCCUGGAGAUGAAGUGUUGAUCAGCUACAUCGACCUGCUGUACCCCACGGACGACCGCAACAGCCGGCUGAAGGAGUCCUACUACUUCACUUGCCAUUGUGGCGAAUGUCAAACAAGAUCCCAAGACGAGGUGAAGCUACAAGUUCGCCAACGUGGCAAAUCGCCCGAGGCGGUGAGCGCCACCUUGUGCUACGCCCGUAAAACCAUCAACGACUUCCGGGACCUCAAACUUGUCCAAACGCCUAGCGAGCUUCUGGAGACGUGCCAGCGCAGUUUGGAGCGGAUGAGGCAAGUGCUGCAUGACCACAACGUGUUCGUGCUGCACAUGAUGUACCAGGCCAUGGGCGUCUGCGUCUACCAGGGGAAACUGGAGGAUGCCGUGCGCUAUGGCGAGAAGAUCAUCCAACCUUUCAGCCAGCUGUACCCCGCCUUCUCCCUCAACGUGUCAUCUUUGUACCUCAAGCUGGGCCGACUUUACUUAGCCUUGGACAGACGUUCGGCAGGCGUCGGCGCGCUCAAGAAGGCAAUGAGUAUCAUGGAAGUGGCCCACGGGAAAGAUCAUCCCUACGUCAGGGAGCUGAGCAAACACAUCGCGCAAGCAAGCAGCGCGGCGCUGACUUACAACUUCAAUUCGUCCUGA